AUUAUAAAUCUUGGAUUUUUCGUUUUGAUCCACGAAAAUCUUCAACGUAGAUAAAAUUGUGGAAAAUCUAGUUGACAAGCUUCAAUACUGAAAUAUAAUUAUUAAUCAGUAUGUUAUUUAUGUCGCGUUUCGUUUGCAUUAAAUUAAUAUGACAAUAAUUCCUUGGCAUCGACACGUUGUUGAUUCGGUUCUAGUCGUAAUUUUGCUGUAAGAAACGAUUUAAUUAUAAUUGAAACAUUGGGCAAUGAAUGUAAUUUUUGUCCAAAAUUGAUGAAUCUAAUGAAAAUAUCGAAAAUAUAAGACUCGUGUGGAGGCGACCCUGUAAAUACACUGUAUCGCUAUCAUCAUAACCACCCGACUGUCCACGAUUACGAUUGUAAACAAAAUACCAUGUACAGUCGGCGUUUGUGCUCGUUAUCUAAAAUAUUCAGCGUUUAGUUCUCCUCAACGUUUUUGUGUCCCGAUUGUUUUUAUCAUUCAACCACGGAAAAAGUAUUUGCAAGUCAUUUGUUGUAAAAUUAAUACUAUUAAUAAUUUUCCUAUACCUUUGAGCUUCAACUUUGUUCACCUCUCAAAAAACAUCGGCAAAAUGACGGAUCAAAAUAUCUUAGAUAAGUCCAUACGAAGUGUUUUUGUUGGAAAUAUUCCUUAUGAGGCUACUGAAGAAAAACUAAAAGAUAUUUUUAACGAAGUAGGACCUGUUAUAUCAUUCAAGUUGGUUUAUGACCGAGAAACUGGUAAACCCAAAGGUUAUGGUUUUUGUGAGUAUAAAGAUCAAGAGACUGCAUUAAGUGCUAUGCGCAAUCUCAACGGGUAUGAAAUUGGUGGCCGUACUCUACGCGUUGACAAUGCUUGUACAGAGAAAUCUAGACUUGAAAUGCAAUCAUUGAUGAUGGGUAUGCCUACAUCUGAAAGUCAUUAUGGUGAGGCAGUAGAUGCAGAAAAAGCUCCAGAGGUCAUUAACAAUGUGGUCUCAAAUUUACCACCAGAUCAAUUGUAUGACCUUAUGAAACAAAUGAAAGAAUGUGUUCAAAAUAAUCCAGUAGAAGCUAGAAAUAUGUUACUCCAAAAUCCUCAACUUGGUUAUGCAUUGUUGCAAGCUCAAGUUAUAAUGAAAAUAGUGGAACCAGAAGCUGCUAAAAAAAUGCUAUAUCCUGCUCAUAAAGUUCCUGCACCACCACAGAUUCCUACAAAUGCAUCUACUUCAAGAACUCACCCAGUUUUUCAUCAAAUAUCUCAACAAAUGCCUCGACAAAUGCAUCAACAAAUGCAUCAACAAAUGCAACAACAAAUGCAACAACAAAUGCAACAACAAAUGCAUCAACAAAUGCAUCAACAAAUGCCUCAUCAAAUGCAUCACCAAAUGCAUCAACAACAGCAUCAUCAAAUACCUCGCCAAAUGACUCAUCAAAUGCCUCAUAAAAUGCCUCAAAUGCCUAAUAAUAAUCAGUGGAGAAAAUUUGUUCCAUCAAUGACUCACCCUCCACCACCUGAUAAUAUAGACUGGCAUCGUAAUAUGAAUCGUAAUCAUGACCACUUAAGACAUCAAUCAAAUCAAAUGAGAUUUCCUCCACCACCAACAUCUAUGCCAGUUGAAACGUCAAAGUCAUUUUCAGGUCAUCCACGAUCGUCAGCAAUGGAUAAUAAUCGACCAUAUGGAAAUAUGUAUAGAGAUAGUAGGGUAAAUAAUAGUUUUAUGAAUAUACCGCCACCAAUGACCAUGCCACCACCAAUGACAAUGCCACCACCUAUGACUGCAUCAUCACUAACAGCUCCGUCAUUAAUGACAGGACCGCCUCCACCUAUCUUAGCUGAACUUACACGAAUAAGUCAGUCUGGUCAAUCACAACAAGGUUCUAACAGUGAAAGUGCAUCUGAUGCUGAAAAAGCUACCUUGAUAAUGCAAGUAUUGCAAUUAACUGAUGCACAAAUAGCUAUGUUGCCUUCUGACCAGCGCCAAAGUAUACUAACAUUAAAAGAAAGAAUAGUCCUUUCUGCUCAAAGACAUCUGUAAGAGCCUAAGCCCAUUUAUUAUUGAACACUGUAUUUAGCUACAUAUUAUUUAAUAUACAGUUAAGAUCAUUAUUGUUUAUCAAAC